AUGUUGAGACAUUUUAGAGGAUCAUUUACAAUAUUCAAAAGGCAUGUUUCAGCUUUAUAUGUUACUGGUGAUAAAGCAUCGGAACAUUUUGCCGUUCUCACACCAUUCUUGAAUUAUGAGGAACGACUGCAAAAUUAUAUUGAAGUUGAGGAAAACGUGAAGAGAAGGAAAAUGAAAUUAAAUUUGGAUGAUUUUCGAAAUGAAUAUGAUCUUUACAAAAGCUUCAAGGAACGUAAAAAGGCAUUGGCUAAUCGUAGAGUUGAAAUUUCUAAAUUGAUGAGAGAAGCACCAAAUGAAGGCUUAAAGCUUCAAGGAAUUCAAGUUCGGGAGGAUCUUAGAUUGCUAAAGGAAAAUUCUUAUCAUCUGGAAGAUAGCUUUAUUCAUUGUUACUUAGAUUUACCAAACUACAUUCAUAAUGUGACUCCUGACAAUGAUAAGAAAGUUGUUUACAGUUUCAAAGAAGUACGUGACAAGAAGCAACCAAACUUGAGCGAAAGUUUACUUGAUGAAUUUAUCGAAUUUUAUGAUUCAACUUGCUAUUUUCUAAAAGGUGAAGCCGCAAAAUUUGAUUUAUUUUUGCCCAUGCAUGUACUGGAUCUUCAUCAAGACAAAGGGUUCAUGAAGUUUAGUAAUCCAGAUUUUUCAAGAAGUGUCAUUGCCGAAGGUGCUGGAAUUGACUCGAAAAAACUUUUUCUCCUGAAAGAAGUCGAUAUUGAAAAUAAAUUGAAUUUGCUUCAUUUCACUGGAAACGGUUCAUUUGUUAGUUUCCUACCAUUUAUCACAAAACUUUCUACAUUUCCUACACUUUUCCCGAUGAAAUUCAUUUGUACCGGUAAACAAUAUGAUGCAGAAAAUCAUUUUGAACAUAACGAUUUGUAUAAAGUUGUUCAGUCAACUUGUUGCCAAUCAUUUGUAUCGACGGUUGAUGGAUCAACCUUUAACGAUAUCAUGGACGAACAAAUUGAAAUUUUUAAAGAACUUUUUGAGAUGUUUGGUCAGCACUUCAGGAUUUAUUAUUAUCCAGCUCACGAACUAAACAAAGCAGAAUCCUGUAAAUUGGGAGUUGAGAUGUUUUCACCAAGUCAGAAUAAAUACAUUGAAGUUGGUAAUUUUUCGUACUACGGCGAUUACGUUAGCAAACGAUUACUGUUUAAUUAUAAAAUCGGAAAGGAUUUGCAUUUUCCUCACAUAUAUUCAGGAACUGUUGUGAACGUUAUGAAACUUAUUUUGUUGUUGAUAGAAAAUACUGAAAAUUUUAAAUGCCCCAAUGAAUUGACAUAA